AUGUCGGUCCCAAGCGCACUCAUGAAGCAGCCGCCUAUUCAGUCUACGGCGGGGGCCGUGCCAGUUCGCAAUGAGAAAGGUGAAAUUUCGAUGGAAAAAGUCAAGGUAAAACGUUAUGUGUCCGGAAAGAGGCCAGACUAUGCCCCUAUGGAGUCCUCAGAUGAAGAGGAUGAAGAAUUUCAGUUCAUUAAGAAAGCCAAAGAACAAGAAGCAGAGCCUGAGGAACAGGAAGAAGAUUCUUCUAGUGACCCUCGACUGCGGCGUUUACAGAACCGCAUUAGUGAAGAUGUGGAAGAAAGACUGGCUAGACAUCGGAAAAUAGUGGAGCCUGAAGUGGUAGGAGAAAGUGACUCAGAGGUAGAAGGAGAUGCUUGGCGCAUGGAACGAGAAGAUAGCAGUGAAGAAGAGGAGGAAGAAAUUGAUGAUGAGGAAAUAGAGCGGCGCCGUGGCAUGAUGCGUCAGCGAGCACAGGAGAGAAAAAAUGAAGAGAUGGAAGUUAUGGAGGUUGAAGAUGAGGGACGUUCUGGGGAAGAGUCAGAAUCAGAAUCUGAAUACGAAGAGUACACGGACAGUGAAGAUGAGAUGGAGCCUCGCCUUAAGCCAGUCUUUAUUCGAAAGAAAGACCGAGUAACAGUUCAAGAACGUGAGGCUGAAGCAUUGAAACAGAAGGAGCUGGAGCAGGAAGCAAAACGCAUGGCUGAAGAGAGGCGCAAGUACACACUCAAGAUUGUAGAAGAGGAGACCAAGAAAGAACUGGAGGAGAAUAAGCGGUCCUUGGCUGCAUUGGAUGCACUCAAUACUGAUGAUGAAAAUGAUGAGGAGGAAUACGAGGCGUGGAAAGUCCGAGAACUAAAACGAAUCAAGAGGGAUAGAGAAGAUCGAGAAGCGCUUGAGAAAGAGAAAGCAGAAAUUGAACGCAUGCGAAACCUGACUGAUGAGCGGCGAGCUGAGCUUCGAGCAAAUGGCAAAGUUAUCACCAACAAAGCUGUGAAGGGCAAAUACAAGUUCCUACAAAAGUAUUAUCACCGGGGUGCCUUCUUCAUGGAUGAAGAUGAAGAAGUAUACAAGAGAGAUUUUAGUGCACCUACUCUGGAGGAUCAUUUCAAUAAAACAAUUCUUCCUAAAGUCAUGCAGGUCAAGAACUUUGGACGUUCUGGCCGUACCAAAUAUACUCAUCUUGUUGAUCAAGACACCACCUCCUUCGACUCAGCAUGGGGCCAAGAGAGUGCCCAAAACACAAAGUUCUUUAAGCAAAAGGCAGCUGGAGUACGAGAUGUAUUUGAACGACCCUCUGCCAAGAAGCGGAAAACUACCUAGGGUCCAACUACUUGUUCUUCCAACUAUGGGACACAAGGGGAAGUCUCAGCAUUCGGUCCUUGAUUUCUUUCACCAUUUUUGAUACAGCCCCUGUAUCUAGCCUAUUGGACCUAUUGCCAUACUUGUGUUACUGGAUAACUAUAACUCAGUCUUUAAAGAUUCUUUGUGAGGUUUGGACUCAUGCUGAGAAACCCACAGCAAAGCACUAUCCAGGUAUCCAGGUAGGAUUAAAGGCUUUCUACUUAAAACUUUCCCUGGAAGUCUUAGGUUUCACCACUACUAUAGCUUCCCAGAUUUAUUUGGGACUAUUGUGAGUUUUUCUAGCCCCUUAGCUUGGGUCAGAAAUGUGAGCAUUUAAGUGGAUAUUGCAUUACUUCUACCUUAAGGUUAGGAGUAAUAUACCAGGAAAUCUAAGCUCAUUGAAACCAGUUUUGCAUUUUUGGUUGAAGUCAAUUUUUCUAGGUGAACGUAUUUUUUGAUCCAUUUAUACGUGUAUGUCAAAUAAAAGAAUCACCCACCAAGA